AGAGAGAAUCGAAGAGGCGGUUGGGGGCAAAAGGAAUCAGAAAAAGAGCUCUUCUUCUUCGUCAAGAGGAGGGAGGAAAAAAGGGACCCCUGCUCACAUUUUCCAGUUGAAGCCACAACCGCACACUUUCUUCCAUUCUCGACUCUUUCCAUUCUCUCCCUCUCUUCUUCAAAUCUGCGUACGAAUCUACUCACUAGAGAGAUAGAGAGAGAGAAUGGAUAUGAUCACCGAAGAUAUGAUCAAGCAGUUAUGCAAGCUAAUGGAAGGAGUCGACGAGGAUCAGAAGAACACUUUCAAGAUCUUGCAGCAAGGAUAUCCAUCUGAAACCCUAAAGAGGUUUCUUCUAGCAAGAGACGGAAAUGUCGUUAAAGCCCACAAAAUGCUGGUUGACUGUUUAAACUGGAGGAUACAGAGUGAGGUUGACAGUAUAUUGUCGAAACCCAUUGUUCCUACCCAAUUGUACAGAUCGAUUCGUGAUUCUCAGCUAAUGGGAGUGUCGGGUUACUCAAAGCAGGGUCUUCCUGUUAUUGCUGUUGGUGUAGGGCUCAGCACAUACGACAAAGCAUCUGUGAACUAUUAUGUUCAAUCACACAUUCAAAUGAAUGAAUACAGGGAUCGUGUUAUCUUGCCAUCUGCAACAAUUAAAUUUGGACGAUAUAUUGGCACGUGCGUUAAGAUUCUUGAUAUGACUGGUUUAAAGCUUUCUGCACUAAACCAAAUUAAGCUGUUAACUGUUGUUUCUACCAUUGAUGACCUGAACUAUCCAGAGAAGACAGAGAUAUACUAUAUAGUGAAUGCACCUUACAUAUUUUCAGCAUGCUGGAAGGUUGUUAAGCCACUUUUGCAAGAAAGAACAAGAAAUAGAGUCCAGGUGCUGCAAGGCUGUGGGACAGAAGAUUUAUUGAAGAUAAUGGAUUAUGAAUCUCUCCCACAUUUUUGUAAAAAAGAAGGCUCUGGAUCGGCACGCCAUUCACAAAAUGGCACAGUCAGUUGUUUUUCACUGGAUCACCCCUUUCAGCAGCAGAUGUAUAGCUAUUUGAAACAUGAAGCCCAACUAAUUGAAUCCACAGCACCCAUCGUCAAGCAAGGGUCCAUUCACGUGGAGUUUCCAGAACCCAAUUCAGACGACAAAAAGAUAGCCAAAGUCAUAGAGUCGGAGUUUCAAAGGCUAGGGCACCAGAAUGGUUUCUAAGUGAAAAUGCAGAUGGUAUGAAUAUCCGCGAGAGAAAACCCUUCCUACUCAAGUUCUUAUGGAAUAUCACGAAUCGGAAAAUAACCUAUAUAGUUGUUGUAAGUUAUAAACAAUUCAUUUUUAUCUAACCAUCACCACCACCCCUUUCACCCAAGAAGAAGUAUCUAUAAUGUACCAUAUCCGACUCUAUGACUUGCGAUUAAUAUUUUAUAUCAUUUCAACCAGUUGGGUUAUUGA